AUGACCUUCCAGCACCCCCAAGAACAGCAACAAUACCACGGAACUCCCCUGGGCCAAUUGAGAUUGGCUCCGGACGCAACCCCUCCUAAUCCAGAUCAAAAUCAGCUUUCCCAACAAUCAUACUCACAAACUCCAUCUCACCGAGAACCAAGCCGUUCGCCAUGCUCAACCCCUGAAAGAAGCAGAUCUUGUUCGCUGUCUGCUGGUCAAGACCCCAAGAAAGAGUUAUGGAAGGACAGUGACCAAACGCUUGAUGCCUUCACCUCUGCAACCAGAGAAACCGCAGAAGAAGCCCAGAAGAAACUGGGUCGUAUGGCUGUCAGUGAUACGAAAGAGAUUCACGAAAUCUCUGAACUUGAACGCCUCAGUGUCGGGCCGCUGCAGGCGACAUCUGCGGCACCAUCAAUCGCUGCAGCACCAUUCACCACUUCGUAUUGUUGCGAUCUCGAACAGUCGCAUAGUCACGACGCCUCGGGCAAACCACGGCCCGGAUCCUCCUCUUCACCAUCAUCCAGCUCCAGGACCCCGACAUUGCACCAGGUGCCCAGUGGUUUAAUCACGGCCAGUCGGGUAUCCACUGAUGCGUACGGGAAUACGUAUCCAGAGGGCGGCAGGGAGGCGUGGUUGUGCGUGUUUGGCUCUUUUUGCGGGUUGAUGAGCGCUCUUGGGAUGAUGAAUACGCUGGGAACAUACCAGGCAUACCUUUCCACACAUCAACUUCGAAGCAAGAGUGAGAGCACCAUUGGCUGGAUUUUCGGCAUCUACGCCUUUCUGUCCUUCGUCCUGGGCGUACAGAUCGGGCCGUUGUUUGAUGCCAAAGGGCCCCGUUGGUUGGUGCUUGCUGGGUCUGUUUUUAUGCUCGCUUCGCACCUCCUCAUGGGGGUGUGCACCGAGUACUGGCACUUCCUGAUCGUAAUCGGCAUCGUAGGUGGGCUCGGGACCUCUUUGGUUUUCACGCCUGCCAUUGCCGCGAUUGGUCACUUCUUUCUGAGAAAAAGAGGCCAGACUACAGGCCUUGCGGCAGCUGGGGGUUCUAUGGGCGGGAUCCUCUUUCCACUGACUCUCCAGGCACUGUUCCCCAAGAUCGGCUGGGCGUGGUCGACUCGAGUCUGCGCACUGAUUAAUCUGGUUCUGUUGAUGUUUGCGAACCUCUUCAUCAGAUCGCGCCUACCGCCACGGAAGGCCACCAAAGAAAACAUUCUCCCGGACUUCCGGAUUUUCAGCGAUUCGGUCUUCGCGCUGACCACAGCGGGCGUCUUCUUCGUCGAAUGGGGCCUUUUCGUCCCAUUGACCUACCUUAGCAGCUAUGCCUUGAGCCACGGCGUCUCAUCCUCCUUUUCGUACCAGAUCAUUGCAAUAUUGAAUGUCGGCUCAUGCUUUGGUCGAUAUUUUCCGGGAUUUAUCGCCGAUAAGGUCGGGCGGUUCAAUGCCAUGGUCGUGACCAUCUCUUUGUGCCUGGUCUCUACGUUGGCGUUCUGGCUCCCAGCCAACGGAUCCAUUGCGUUGAUCAUCGUCUACGCGUUGACCUUUGGGUUCGCCUCCGGUUCAGGCAUCUCGCUGACUCCCGUAUGCGUGGGCCAGUUGUGCAGAGUCGAGAAUUAUGGACGCUAUUAUGCGACUUGCUAUACUCUUGUGUCGUUUGGAUCCUUGACGGGCAUUCCGAUUGCGGGACAGUUGGUGACAGCGUGCCAGGGCGAAUAUUGGGGACUGAUUGCGUUUACUAGUUGUAGUUAUGCUGCGUCGUUGACCAUGUUGACGGCGGCAAGGGUGGCUGGUGCGGGAUGGAGUUUGAAGGUUGUAUACUGA